CUGGUCUGGAAGUGGCGGAUCCGGUUUGUCCCUGGCAGCCGGGAACAGGGUGUUGGAGGGAAUCGGGGUGCGGAGGCUGCGCCAGCAUGGUGGGCGCGGAGAAGGAGCAGAGCUGGAUCCCCAAGAUCUUCAAGAAGAAGACGUGCACGACAUUCAUCGUGGACCCUAGCGAUUCGCGAGGGACCUUGUGCCAGUGUGGGUGCCCCCGGGGUGAGCACCUGGCCGUGGCAGUGGAGGACGCGUUCGGGGCAGCCGUGGUGACCGUGUGGGACAGCGCCGUGCACACCACCGAGAAGCCCACCGAUGCCUACGGGGAGGUGGACUUCACGGGCGCCAGCCGCAAGGCCAGCAAUUUCCUCCGGCUCUCUGACCGCACGGAUCCGGCCACAGUUUACAAUCUGGUGACGCGCUCAUGGGGCUUCCGGGCCCCAAACCUGGUGGUUUCUGUGCUGGGGGGGUCAGGGGACCCCACGCUCCAGACCUGGCUGCAGGACCUGCUGCGACGCGGGCUGGUGCGGGCCGCCCAGAGCACAGGGGCCUGGGUCGUCACUGGGGGUCUGCACACUGGCAUCGGCCGCCAUGUGGGCGUGGCUGUGCGGGACCACCAGAUGGCCAGCACCGGGGGCGCCAAGGUCGUGGCCAUGGGAGUGGCGCCCUGGGGUGUGGUUCGGAACAGAGACACCCUCAUCAAUAGCAAGGGUUCCUUCCCCGCGAGGUACCGGUGGCAUGGGGACCCCGAGGAUGAGCAGCAGUUCCACCUGGACUACAACUACUCGGCCUUCCUCCUGGUGGACGACGGCACCCACGGUCACAUGGGGGGCGAGACUGGCUUCCGACUGAGUUUUGAGUCCUUCGUGGCACAGCAGAAGACAGGGGUCCGGGGGACUGGAAUUGACAUCCCUGUCCUCCUGCUCCUGAUCGAUGGCGAUGAGAAGAUGUUGAAGCGGAUAGAGGACGCCACCCAGGCCCAGCUCCCCUGCCUCCUGGUGGCCGGAUCUGGGGGCGCUGCCGACUGCCUGGCUGAGAUCUUGGAAGAUAUGGCUCCUGGAGGCGGGGGCGGCAGAUACAGCGAUGCCUGUGAUCGGAUUAAGCGUUUUUUCCCCAAAGGGGACCCUGAAGUCCUUCUGGCUCAGGUGGAACGGAUCAUGACCCGGAAGGAACUGCUGACCGUCUAUUCGUCUGAGGAUGGCCCUGAAGAAUUUGAGACCAUCGUUUUAAAGGCCCUUGUGAAGGCUUGCGGGACCUCUGAGGCGUCAGCUUACCUGGAUGAGCUGCGUCUGGCUGUGGCCUGGAAUCGUGUGGACAUUGCUCAGAGUGAACUCUUUCGGGGUGACAUCCAGUGGCGGUCUUUCCAUCUGGAGGCCUCCCUCAUGGACGCCCUGCUCAAUGACCGACCAGACUUUGUGCGCUUGCUCAUCUCGCAUGGACUCAGCCUAGGCCAUUUCCUGACCUCAGCGCGGCUGGCCCAGCUCUACAGUGCGGUGCCCCCUAACUCACUCAUCCGCAGUCUCCUGGACCAGGUGUCCCACAGCGCGGGCACCAAAACCCAAAUUGUUAAACCAUCUGUGGAGCCUCAACCCCCAGACGUGGGGCAGUUGCUGCGGCUGCUGCUGGGGGAGACUUGUGCGCCCAAAUACCGCGCGCCGGACGCCAGCGACCCCCACCGGGACCAUGCCUGCAGGGAGAGUACCUGCCUGCUCUCCGACAAUGCCCAUUUGGAACUCGGGUUGGACGCUGUGCUCGGGCAGGCACCCUGGAGUGACCUGCUCCUCUGGGCUCUGCUACUGAACAGGGCUCAGAUGGCCGUGUACUUCUGGGAGAUGGGCUCCAAUGCCGUGGCCUCGGCUCUGGGGGCCUGCUUGCUGCUGCGAGUGCUGGCGCGCCUGGAGGCCGAGGCUGAGGAGGCCGCGCGGAGGAAGGACCUAGCCGUCAAGUUUGAAGGACUGGGUGUGGAUCUCUUCGGUGAGUGCUACCGCAGCAGUGAGGCCCGGGCCGCCCGCCUCCUUCUGCGCCGCUGCCCACUUUGGGGCAACGCCACCUGCCUCCAGCUGGCCAUGCAGGCUGACUCCCGGGCCUUCUUUGCCCAGGAUGGGGUUCAGUCUCUGCUGACGCAGAAGUGGUGGGGGGAGAUGGACAGCACCACCCCCAUCUGGGCCCUGGUUCUCGCCUUCUUUUGCCCCCCACUCAUCUUCACCAACCUCAUCACCUUCAGGUCAGUCCCCGGGGAGUUAGCUCGCUCAGGAGCAGGUGCUCAGCUUCUCCUUCUGGCUCUUUCUACUUGGCGUUGCCCCUGCACGUUCUUGGGGAAGUCAGAAGAGGAGUCCACGAAGAAGGACCUGGAGUUUGACGUGGACAAGGGCAUCAACGGGGAAGCGCCUGUGGGGCCACCUGAGGCCCCCGAGAAGAUGACGUUGGGGGUGUUACAGCCAUCCAGACGCAGAGACUGCUCCCCACGCCUGCGGUGCUGGUCCCAGUUCUGGGGGGCCCCCGUGACGGCCUUCCUGGGCAACGUGGUCAGCUACCUCCUGUUCCUGCUGCUCUUUGCCCGGGUGCUGCUCGUAGACUUCGGGCCCGAGCCCCCGGGGCCCCUGGAGCUGCUGCUCUACUUCUGGGCCUUCACGCUGCUCUGUGAGGAGUUCCGCCAGGGGCUGGGGGGCGGCUGGGGCAACCUGGCCUCCCACGGGCAGGGCCCCAGUCCCGGCCGGGCCCCGCUACGCCACCGAUUACACCUCUACCUCAGUGACACGUGGAACCAGUGUGACCUGGUGGCCCUCACCUGCUUCCUCCUGGGCGUAGGCUGCCGGCUAACCCCGGGUCUGUAUGAUCUGGGCCGUACUGUCCUCUGCCUGGACUUCAUGGUCUUCACACUGCGACUGCUGCACAUCUUUACAGUCAACAAGCAACUGGGGCCCAAGAUCGUCAUUGUGAACAAGAUGAUGAAGGAUGUCUUCUUCUUCCUCUUCUUCCUGGGCGUGUGGCUAGUUGCUUACGGGGUGGCCACGGAGGGGCUCCUUCGGCCUCUGGACCGUGAUCUCCCCAGCAUCCUGCGCCGCGUUUUCUAUCGACCAUACUUGCAAAUCUUUGGGCAGAUCCCCCAGGAGGAGAUGGACGCUUCCUUAAUGGACCAUGUCAACUGCUCCUCGAACCCAGGAUUUUGGGCACGCCCAGAGGGGGUCCGGGCAGGCUCCUGUGUCUCCUCUUAUGCCAACUGGCUAGUGGUGCUCCUCCUCAUCGUCUUCCUGCUCGUGGCCAACAUCCUGCUGCUCAAUUUACUCAUUGCCAUGUUCAGUCACACCUUCGGCAAGGUACAGGGAAACAGCGACCUCUACUGGAAGACGCAGCGCUACAGCCUCAUCCGGGAAUAUCACUCUCGUCCCGCACUGGCCCCGCCUCUUAUCGUCAUCUCCCAUGUGCGCCUUCUCUUCCGACGCCUGUGCAGGCGGCGGACCAACGUGCCUCCCUCCUCCCCGGACUUCCAUUUCCGGGUCCGCCUUACCAAGGAAGCGGAGCGGAGGCUGUUGACGUGGGAGUCGGUGCAGAAGGAGAAUUUCCUGCUGGCUCGGGCGCGGGACAAGCGGGAGAGCGACUCUGAGCGUCUGAAGCGCACGUCGCAGAAGGUAGACACGGCGUUGAAGCAUUUGAAACAAAUUCGCGAGUAUGAGCGGCGUCUGAAAGGGCUCGAACAAGAGGUCCAGCACUGUAGCCGUGUCUUGGGCUGGGUGGCGGAGGCCCUGAGCCGCUCCCCGAUGCUGCCCCCAGGGGGGCCGCCGCCCCCCUCCCCUCCAAGUCCCAGAGACUGAGCCCUGUUUGAUGGACUUCAGGAGUUGUCUCCAUCUGACGUGGUUUGAGUCCCAGGCCAAGCCCAGCCAGUCCUCCACCCCUGCACCGUGCAGCCUCAUCCUGGAGGUGGGCUCCGUGCCCCUGUGCUUCUGUGGGAGGAAGCUCCCCCAGAACCAGCCCCGGCCAGGAGCAGCAGCCUCUGGUGCCCACACAUGGCAGCUCCGAAGGCCUUGUGACAGCCCGCUGGGCGGGAGAAGGGGUCUGCGGUGCAGGAACCACAGACCCAUUCACAGUUCCCCAUACUGGGGAAAUAAAGUCAUUUGAGAGGA